GGAUUGCUGUUGCUUGGAGGUUGCUACUGACAAUCAGCAAUAGGAGAUUGAUUUUUGUUCUGCGUGUAUGUGCCCUGCCCCGGUGCUGAGGUGGAAGCUGGCGGCCGGGAGCUGGGAGUUUCCCGCUGCAGCUGCCGGACCUUCCCCCGGGGCUGGGCCUGGGCAGGGCCCGGCCAGGCCUCCGCCUCCUCCAUGGGGAAGUCGGCUGCCGCCCUGCCUCCCUGCCGGCUGGUGACUUCGCCUCUCUCGGCGUCGUGCUCGGACUUGCCUUCGGCGGCGGGAUGAAUGAGGCGUCCAGGGAGGCGGGCGGCUCGGCGGGGCCCGCCACCGCCGACACCCGCAGAGGCUGGCUCCACAAAUGGACCAACUACCUGAAGGGUUACCAGCGCCGCUGGUUCGUGCUCAGCAACGGGCUGUUCUCCUACUACAGGACGCAGGCUGAGAUGGCACACACGUGCAGAGGCACCAUUAACCUAGCAACUGCCCACAUCGAUGUAGAGGAUGCCUGCAUCAUUGUGCUCUCAGAUAGUGGGCGCACAUACUACCUGAAGUCGAGCUCCGAGGUGGAGAGACAAUGCUGGGUGACGGCACUUGAACUGGCCAAGUCCAAAGCUAUUCGGAUGAUGAGCAAUCAGUCAGAUGACUCUGGUGAUGAGGAGCCAACCUCGCAGUCUGAUAAGAGCGAGCUGCACACCACCCUGAGGACGCUAGCCAGCAAGCUUGAUGACCUGAGCCAGUGCAACGACCUCAUUGCUAAGCAUGGAGCAGCCCUUCAGAGAUCCCUGAGUGAGCUCGAGACUUUGAAGCUCCCUGCUGAGAGUGGAGAGAAGAUUAAAGCAGUCAGUGAACGAGCCACCCUCUUUCGCAUCACAUCCAAUGCUAUGAUCAAUGCAUGCCGUGACUUUCUGGAGUUAGCAGAGACGCACAGUCGCAAAUGGCAGCGAGCCUUGCAGUACGAGCGUGAGCAACGCGUCCGCCUGGAGGAGACGAUCGAGCAGCUGGCCAAGCAGCACAACAGUCUGGAGCGUGCCUGCCGCGGAGCACCAGCAUUGCCAACCAGCUCCACAGAGGUUUCCAACGCUAGUAAAGGAAGCUGGACUGAUUCUUGGCUGGGGCAGAGAUCGCACCGUAUAAAAGCGAGAACGCGACCCGUGAAAGGGGAGACAAGUGAUGAAGAUGAGGAGACCGAAUACUUUGACGCCAUGGAAAGUGCACCAGAAUUCAUCACAGUAACCACGGAUCCUACAGAACACAGGCGUACGGGAAGUAACGUCAGUGCAACCAGCAGCGAUCAGACGGAAACUUGGAACCCCGAGGACCAGGCGUUUGACUGUCCGCACCAGGCUUCUUUCAGUGCAUCAGCAAGUAGAUCGGUAAAGCCAAGCAGAAAGAGGCGAACCCAAAUCCCAGAAAAGCCCAAUUAUAGCCUUAACCUUUGGAGCAUCAUGAAAAACUGCAUUGGGAAAGAGCUGUCCAAAAUCCCUAUGCCUGUUAAUUUCAAUGAGCCUUUAUCAAUGCUUCAAAGACUAACUGAAGACUUAGAGUAUCAUGAUUUAUUGGACAAGGCAGCACGGUGUGAAAACCCUGCUGAGCAGAUGUGCUACGUGGCUGCAUUCUCCGUGUCUUCCUAUUCAACAACCAUCCAUCGCACAGCAAAGCCAUUUAACCCUCUGCUUGGGGAGACCUUUGAAUUGGACCGGCUGGAGGAGGGUGGCUUCCGUUCGCUAUGUGAGCAGGUGAGCCACCAUCCACCCGCUGCAGCACACCACGUCUAUUCUAAGUGCGGCUGGACCUUGUGGCAAGAAAUCACCAUUGCCAGCAAGUUCCGUGGGAAGUACCUCUCCAUCAUGCCACUAGGUGCUAUUCACUUACAGUUCCACUCUGGGGGCAACCACUAUAUGUGGAGGAAGGUCACCUCCACUGUACACAACAUCAUUGUAGGCAAGCUGUGGAUUGACCAGUCAGGAGAUAUUGAUAUUGUGAACUUCAAGACAAAAGACAAGUGUCAACUCAAGUUCAGUCCCUAUAGUUACUUCUCACGGGACUGUGCCAGGAAGGUGACGGGUGUGGUGACUGACCGAGAAGGCAAAGCUAAUUAUAUCCUGUCGGGGACAUGGGACGAGAAGAUGGAGUUUGCAAAGGUUGUUCAGAGCAGUCAAGAUGGGACCAGUUAUGAGGGCAAACAGAAAACCGUCUACCAGACCCUUCCACCUAAAGUGCUGUGGAGGAAGUAUCCACUUCCGGACAAUGCAGAAAACAUGUACUACUUCUCUGAGCUGGCACUAACCCUGAACGAAAUGGAAAGCGGGACGGCACCGACUGAUAGCCGUCUGCGACCAGACCAACGUCUGAUGGAAAACGGCGACUGGGAGGAGGCAAACGUGGAGAAGCAGCGACUAGAAGAGAAGCAGAGAGCCGCCCGGCGCUUGAGGGAAGCCGAGGCAGUCAGAGCCUUGGAGGAAGGCAGGGACUCUGAAGCUUACAAACCAGUGUGGUUUGAGAAGAAGGAGGACCCCAUCACUGGAGAGGAGAUGUAUGUUUACAAAGGUGGCUACUGGGAGUGCAAGGAGACACAAGACUGGAAGCUGUGCCCAGACAUUUACUGAGCACGGUCCAACUCCAGGCCAAUGGACCUCAGAGUCUCCCCAGUCACCAGCAGGAGAGGAAAGGAGCAUUGCUAACCUCCACUGUGGAACAAAACAACGGAAACAUACAGGGCAGCUUUCUGGUACAGACAAUGUCAAUGCAAAUAAACACCACAGCCCCACUCACAGGAUACAACAUAAGCUCCCUCCCCUCCCUCCAGACAAUAUGGCCCAUAGAAGAUCCAUGGAAUUAUUUUUGGCCACAGUAAAGUAAGAGCAGUGGGUUGCCUGGGGAUGGUGAUUAGCACCAGUGUUCCAACAGCCAUAUUCCAGCAUCCAUAAACGUAUGAGAACCUGACUGUUGAUGUGACCUGCAGUCUUGGAUAGAAGUCUUGUCAAACAAAUUAUCGGCUGGUAUUUGAUUUUACUGUUUAAGAAAAAUGUACAGAUCUGUGGCAGUAAAAUUAGCCUGGAAUCAUCCUCUGUUGGGAGCCAGAUAGGCCUUUUACAGUAUCAAGUGGGUCUCUGUGUUCUUGGCCUCAUUGUAUACAGAGUCGAAAGACACAGGUGUACAAAGGGACAGCAGCUGAGGGAGAAAGGGUCUGCUGCGGGGAAUUAUUGGACUUAAAAUGAGAAUUCCAACUGAGAAUGAAUUUGCUUGUGGAAGGUGAAGCGUAGACCUUACUGACGAGGUUUGUAGACUGCUGUUUCAUAACAUAAUCAUGUUUGGGUAUUGAGUAGGUCAACUGAUCUGUUAAGCUUUAGAUCAACUUAAAACAUAACAUCGUCACACUUCUGGAACUUAAUUGCAAAAUUGCAGUAAUCAGGUAGCAAAUCACAUUGCAAGCUUUAGGUGUAGAGAUUCUGCAAGGUUUGACACAACAAAUCAUUUGCUCUAACAUUUAGUGUAUCAUCAACAUUAUUCUCUACCUCACAAUCCAGUGGAUUAGUUCUAUUUUUCACCACACCCCCAACAUGGCCUGCUAGAUCACUGACUAAAGGCUGCCUUCCACUCCCAGUACCCUGAACUGUUGUUUGUAUCAGGUUAGAAUUGCUGUGAUUUGAUUCUAACCCCCUCCCCUCCCGCCCCCAGUCCUACGGAUAAAGCACGACGAUCAGAAUUUACAGUUGGUGUUACACUUCCACUGGUUUGGGUAUUCAACACCCAUACUGGCUCUCUGCCCUUCCUCUUGCUGAGAUACCCAUCUUUUACAUGUCAGAAUAAUUCCUAAGCAAACCUCCAUGAAUUUGCCACGAACUGAAACAGCUCCCUGUGAGAAGGUAGUUUAUGGUGGUCAGUUUAUGAGAGAAGCUGAUGAGGAGGUCCUUUCUGGAAGUGCCCUCUCUCAUACACAGGAGGGCUGUUCCAACUUCUCAUUGCGUAAAUUACAUCUCAUGUCACACUUCUAUGGGUGUGGCGGUGGGGGGAGGGUGAGAGGUACAGGAAUGCAUGCUGAUAGAUUACAAAAAUCUCUCACUUGUGGACAGGCCACAUGGAUUGCACAGGGGUCCCACUCCCUAAUGAUUUCUAUACCAGGAACAUUCAGAUGCCACCAUCCAACAAGACUGGCAGCGAGCCAAAUUCAGGGAGCGCUGCAGGGACACCAAACUGGCAUCACAGGAGCAUGGAGACAGGUUGCAACCAACAAGCUGCAAUAGAUACGAGCUCUUAAAUCCCGAGAGUUCCACCCUGACUCUCAGAAUGAUCUCACUGAUUACUCCCUCACUUUCAGCACAGUGAGAAAGACCUCAGUCUAGCACCCAUUCCUUGCUCUUCCCACCAAUGCAUUUCCAGCUGUGACUGAGGUCCUUUCGGUUUGCAGAAAAAUGGAAGUGUCCGUGCUACAUAGACCUUUGCAGAAUUCUGCAGCAGAGACUGACUACACCAUUGGAGAGAGUACUGUCAGCAGGUAUGUCAGUACAUAAUUGAAAUCCAUCCAUUAGAAUAAAAUUCACCCAGGAAAAGAUGAAGCCCUCAGUUUAAUCUCAGCUGCAGGACAGCACAUCAACAAUGUGCUGAUUGACCUAAAGCACACAGAGAAGGUUGUUGCUUAUCGGAACUUAUGAAGGCCUCCUGUUGAUCAGUCCCCCUUCACAAGGGCCAGAGGAAAAGACACCACUGUCGUGCUCAUCUUGGCACCCAAUCAUAUGUAGGGGAGAGAAAGUCUCCUCGGGGAAGGGUUGGAGAUUUGAUGUUGGGUACGCAUUGGGGGUUGCCUGAGAGAGGUCUGGUCACAGAAUAGCAGGACCAAGCCAGGGCCCAGGAAUGGGAAGUUUAAACCAUACUUUGGAUCAUAAAGUCCCAAUGCCUAAGUACCCCAAUAAAAGUGAUUCCAGUAUUCCUGCCCUAAAUAUUUUUGGAAUGUUGGGAAAUAUUCUGUACAGUGUUAGUGACAUGAAGAACUGCCACAGCAAUACUGUGAAAACGGGGCCUUCAUUGUGACUGAGAAACCCAAGUAAUCAUUCAUCAAGGAAGCUGCUUAAGAUAUCUAUUUCCAACCAGCAAUUCGGAACCUUUUAAUAGAGCAACAGGUAAUAUCAGAGACUGAUAAGUCCACGGCAUCUUCCUCCAACAUUUAGGAUUGGCCUAAUUUCAAGCAGUAGUCUUACAUGAAGAAUAAUUAAAUCAUUCCAGUUCUGUACCUCUAAUCAUGUGUCCAAGCCCAAAUAUCUCUCCUCCAAGUCCCCAGGCAGACUGAACACCUGCUGCUGAUGAAGGAAAAGUCAUUUUGACUCCAGAAAGAAACAAUGGGAUGCGCUGCCUCUGUGGCUUCCCCCAUCCUUAUUCCCUGCCCUAAGUCUCUUCAAUUUAUUGCCCCUGCUUGGUCCACCAUCUGUGGUACAGCUUUGACCCAUCUGCAAAAAUUGCCCCCCCUCCCUUCCUCCCUCCCCUAAUUCUCACCUUACUCACAAGUACCCCUCAUCCUUUCCCCAGCUCCCCCAUUUGUGGCUGGUUUCCAUUUCUCUUCAAAGCACUUUGAGUCAUUUUUUUUUCCCUCACUGAAGGCACUUUACUAGUGAUAGAUUGUGGAUAUGAUUGUGGAAUGCACAAGUAGGCAUUCUCCCUCACUUGGCCCAUUCCCAUAUUACUACAACUCCUUUAACUUAACAGGAGAAAGCAUGAUCUGACCUGUAAUCCACCUUAUCUGAAAUCCUCCGUCUUCAGUGACCUGUGGCUCCCCCGACCUGUCCUGUCAGAUUCACGUAGUUGUUGUGGCUUUGUUGAAAUGUUAAUCAUCAAAUUGGACAGUCCAGAGUUAGCUGAAGACGGACUAUCAGAGAACAUAAUUACCUUUGUUUGAGGAGGAGACUCCUGUAUUCACCCACCUCCAUUUUUCUCCUCGUGACGCCCCCUGCUGGUUAGCCACCAGCACAAGGGCAGCGCAAGGCUGACAACAGAUUGCCCAACCCUGUAUCCACAGGGUAAUCUCCCACAAAGUGCUGGAGGAACCCAGCAGGUCAGGCAGCAGCUAUGGAGGGAAAUAACAGUCGACGUUUCGGGUCGAGACAGAAUCUCUUGUGACAGAGGGUUAUCUGUUGGCUUGUAAUGGAAGCAAGCUGAGGAAAAAUAACAGGCCACUGAGAGCUGGACUUAAUGACUUGCCAAUGCCUAUAGUCACUUAGCACUGACAAUUGGGCGGUUUUCAGGAACCAGUUCCCCAACAAAUGACAAUGAUCAAUAAGACCCUGAAUUACCUAGGGCUGUAGCCUCUGCAUUACGUAUACAAUGAAACCCUGACAUACACUUUGAAUCAUGUGUGGAUGGAUUGCAAAUGACUCAUCAUAACAUUUCAUUUUAAAGGCACAGUGUGUUUAUACUGUUGAGUGCCUACAAUGUUGAACACAGCAGCUCUUACCUGCUAAAUAGGAAGAGAAGAAGUAACGUUAAGUAGAACCUGGGUAGUUCCGGCAGGAAAGGGAGAAAGGAAAUAGUGAAUCCCCCCACUCCAGUCACCAUUGAGAGCUUCAGAGACCGUUCUCUUUGCUGCCCCUUUGAAAUAUGUGACGUGUUUCAGCGACCCUACCCUCAAACAAAGGAACCUCCUAGAAUCAAACUCCUUCAUGGUUCCUUUGUUUGUAAUGUCAGUUUUGAUUAUCCUUUUGCUGGGAUAGUAUCCAAUUCAAUAAUUGGCCACGAUGCACAUACAGUUUACAUUGUACCCUUCAGCACUACUUCACUUUAUGCAGCAGGAUUUAUUGUUAUAUGGUGUAUGAACCUAAUGCCACGGGACAAACAUAGCUCGUUACUUUCUUCAGUCUGUAGAGUGUCAGAUGCAGUAGUCUGCCACCAGCAGUUGUGAAUAUCUUGUGAAAAAAUACCCAAAUAGACCAUGUAAAUAUUUACAUUGUUUAAACUGUUUAGAACAUAAAACUGAGAUUGUAUAAAUCUGAAGUUAUACUUAAGACUGACUAGUAAUAUAUUUGUAAUUUGUUAUACAUUAAGAUUUUCAUUUCAAUAAUGUAAAAACAGCACUGUCCUGAGUGUGUUCAUCCUACCUUAAGGAAAAAUGGGAGAUGAAGAGAAAACUGAGGUUGUUGGUUUGAUGAUGAUACAAAUCUCUGGAAAGAAAUGGAAGUUGUUAGAUGAACGUGUUGAACCAUCGCCCCUUCCUUCAGGUUUCCCCUCGUUCCCUCCUCGUUAGUGCACUUCUGGUUCACAUCACCACCAUUCUCAUCCAGGUGGGCAGCAUGAUCUGAUCUGUAAACCUCACGGUUUUCCAACCCUUACCCCUAUAAACCUAUUAUUAGUAACUAAUCUAUUUUUAAUAAUCCCAUCUAUAAUUCAUCAACAGGUUGUGUGGGUGCAUGCAUUCCCACUGCCUCUCCCCCCAGCACAAAUGACACAAGUGUCUCUGAUUCUUCCUCCUUGCUGAGAUGGCUUCAGGCUGGUGGUUUCAAUACUCGCCCCUUGCACAGAUGCUGAAGGUGGAGGACAAUACUCUGUGGGCUGAGUCACCAGCCCUUCCCACUUAGAUAUGUUUGUGAAGAGUCCAUUUGGCACCAGUAGAUGGAGCACAGUCCCUGGCAAAAUGCACUAUAUCAAAGCUACACAGAGCUCUGUGACCCCUUCUUAAUCUAAGGUUGUUCUGGUUGUUUUAUGACAAUAUGAGGUAAGCCCCUCUCACAAGAAAUGUAAGAAUAUUCACUCAUCCUGACACCAUUGAUACCAUCCAAGAUUGUCAGCCUUAUCCAUGGCAAUGUCUCAGUUGAAAAGUUACAGUCAACAAAGGUUCUGAAAUGUGAAAAUGUAAAAUACAGUUUUUAGAAGGAGGGAGAAUGAAGUUCAAGUCAGAUCUACUGAGUUACUUCAUUUGAACAAUAACACUCUUGAAAGCAAUUCCUUGGGCUGUGGCCUCCACAUUAUAUCAACAUGAAAUCCUGAUGUACACUGAGAAUUGUCUGUGGAUAGAUUGCAAAUACCUAAUUUUGAAACUGAGAUUGUGGAUUUCUAUUCACAGUUAAAUACCAAUCUUUGAGAUAAAGUAUCACUGCCUUUGAUAGAUCUGGAUGGAGCAGAACACUGUCAGGGUUGUCCAGCUAUUUCAAAUCAGAAAACUGCUGAGUUGGACAGGGUGUCGAGAUGUCUGAAAAUCGAAGAACUGCAGAUUCUGGAAAUGUGAAACAAGAACAGAAGAUGCUGGAAACACUCGGGCAAUAUCUGUGGAAAGCGAAACAGGGUUAACAUUUCAGAUCAAGGGCCCACAUCAGAACUUCUCUUUCCACAGAUGCUGCCUGACCUGUUGAGUGUUUCCAGUAUUUUCUGCUCUUGUGUCAAGAUGAUGGGUUUCCUGACAUAUUAAGCACUGGGGACCAUAUUCAAAUGAAGUCACCUCUUUCCCUCAACUUCCCAUGAGAAGUGGUAAAAGCUACCUUGAACUUCUGCCUUCCCAACAGAGAACCUCUAACCCAUUUUGGAUGAUGUUUUUGAACUCUCUCUCAAUAGAAGUGGUUUUAUUUGGAUGUUGGAUUGAGGAUUUAAACAAUUAUUAUUCCAUUCGACAAUGUAUAAAGUGUUAAGUGAACUGGAUAGUGAAAAACAGAUUUGAUAACAGCCUACUAUCUAAAGGUGCUAAAGCAUGAUUGCCAUAAUCUCAACAUUGGAUCCAAGUGACUAUUCUACCUGGAACUCUAAUCACCCCUCCCUCCUUCUGCCCCCUCCCUGGUCCCAUCCUAAAUGUUUGCUGUCUUUUCAACUCUCAAUCAAUUGGAAAGCACUCUGUCAGAUGGGAAGGGAGCCACCUUCUCCCAUUUAAUUAGAUGGUGUUUGCAACUUCCUCUUGACUCGACACUCCUGUUUAGACAGGAUAAGACUGGGAAGUUUUUCCCAUCUCGGUAAAACUUGAGUGAGGGACACCAGAUGCUCAAAAGCUCAGGUCGAUUGAUCAAGAUUAUCAAUGUGUCCAUAUAAUGGAGCACAUUGGUCACCCACUGGAGAUUACCAUCAACCCUCGAGGCCAGUGGCAGAACUCCACAUUACAAUAGUAACAUUAUAAGUGUAUUCAAUAUAAAGAGAUUGCAAUUUAUAUUUAAUUGAGUUUAUUCUCAUUGUUAGUAAAGCUCAAUGGUUAUAACUUCCUCUAAUUCUAUUUUGUAAUAUUCAGUGGUAGAAAACGUGCAGCAAACCUAGCUUGCUGAGAACUUGCAAUAGAAUCGUGUGUACUUUCAAUGGUGCAAAAGUGUUAAUCAUGCUCUUCCCAUGUACUUGUAUAACCUGCUUAAUUAUGAAAGCAACCAAGGCUCCUUAGUUUGUAUGUAAAUUUGAAUUGCUUAAAGGAAUAUAUUUACAAACAUUAAUGAAUUAUUUGCAUAAAGUCUGGGCCUUCUGGGUGUACUCACCUGCUCAUUUGAAUAUUUUGCCACAGUUUGGUCACUGAUCUAACCAGCACCAAUCAAAAUCCAAGCUGACAGGACAUCUGAAAACAAUAUCUUGUGAGAUUAAAGACAAAAAUGCCAAAAAUGUAGAAAUAAAAUAAAUUCAGAAAUAAAGAUCA